AAACUCCUCCUCUGCAUUCUAAUCAAGCUUGCCUCUUCCUUGCACUUCAGCAAGCGAACUAACAUAUCUGCACAUUCCUCGUCGACUGAUGCGGAGUGAACGGCAGACCUACAUUUAUUCGAACGAUGCAUUAUUAUCAAUAGAUAGCAUAUCCAUUCGAAUUCUGUCGCUGAACAUGUGCUAGUCUAAUGAACGUUAACUUUACUCCGCGGGCUCGUAUACAAAACUUGCAUAGGAACUCCCGUACAACAGACAGGAAUCCGGUGGAAAGUUGAUCGCAGAAACUUUUUAAUCUCCGUGCGCGUUUUCAAUGCAUGCAGCCACGGCGCAGAACUUUUCAGAAUCGGUUUUCAUUCUAUCGUAGAUCUCUCGUAGAGCGAGAUCCAAAUUGAAGCACAACAAUGGACCUUAAGGGAUGAUUUUGCGAUCGUUUAUGAGUUUCGCUCAUUGUGGUUUGUUUUGCAGUUUGCUACCUCCGAAACUUGCAGGGAAGAAGAUUGAGGCUGCAUUAUUCGAGACCCAGACGGAGCAUAAAGGAGCAUAAACACAUUGCAACUGCCAAGAAGACGGGUAGCGCGAACUUUACAAAGUUGCCAUUAUUUUCGGUCAAUACUAUAUUUUGCGCAAUAUUUAUUUGUUUAUAUAACCGAAAUAUAUCUGGUGGAUUAAUGGGAAGUUUAUCAUGUUUUAGCCAUGGAAAGUGGGAGAUUUUUAUUAUGCGUUUCAAACUGAAGAUCUGAAACCGUGGGAACGGACAAAAACAGUUUUGGGCUUAUUCUAGUGUGGGCAGAGCGGACAGCACUAUUUCCUUUAGUUAAACAGCAACAAACCAGUGGAUUGUACAACACAGGCAUUGGCUCGUUUUUUAUUGUUUUCGAGGGAGAUAGUAGGAGAAUCUACUUGCAAAAUGCCACAACUUAACGGAGGCGGCGGAGAUGACUUGGGGGCCAACGAUGAAAUGAUCUCCUUUAAAGAUGAAGGGGAGCAAGAAGAAAAAAUAUCAGAGAACGUCUCGGCCGAGAGGGAUUUGGACGAUGUGAAAUCCUCUUUAGUGAAUGAGUCGGAAAACAACAGCAGUUCUUCUGAUUCUGAGCAAGCAGAGAGGCGUCCCCAGCCGAGACCAGACUCAGAAAGUUACGAGAAAACCAGAGAUUACUUUAGCGAAGCAUUAAGAAGACAGCAAGAUGGAGGCUUUUUUAAGAGUCCCCAUUAUCCUGGUUAUCCGUUUCUAAUGAUCCCAGAUCUUACCAACCCAUACUUAUCCAACGGGUCCCUAUCCCCCAGCGCCAGAACGUACCUGCAGAUGAAAUGGCCACUGCUGGACGUUCCAGGAACUGCUGGUCUGAAAGACUCCAGAUCGCCCACCCCAGGACACCUAUCCAACAAGGUCCCCGUUGUGCAGCACGCCCACCACGUGCAUCCGCUGACGCCACUCAUCACCUACAGCAACGAACACUUCUCCCCCGGGACCCCUCCUUCGCACCUGUCCCCGGAGAUCCUCGACCCAAAGACAGGCAUCCCGCGGACGCCCCACCCCUCCGAGCUGUCACCGUACUACCCCCUCUCUCCCGGCGCCGUGGGGCAAAUCCCACACCCUUUGGGCUGGCUGGUUCCGCAGCAAGGCCAACAUAUGUACUCUAUUCCCCCGGGGGGGUUCCGGCACCCAUACCCUGCGCUUGCCAUGAAUGCGUCCAUGUCCAGCCUGGUGUCCAGCCGGUUUUCUCCUCACAUGGUGCCUCACCACCCCCACGGGCUGCACCAGACUGGCAUCCCUCACCCCGCCAUCGUCUCGCCCGCCAUCAAGCAGGAGCCCAACAACGAGAGCUCCGUCAUUCACUCGGGUCCACUGUGCUUCUCCAGGAAGUCCCCAGGACCGGCGAAGAAGGAGGAAGACAAGAGGCCCCACAUCAAGAAGCCACUGAACGCCUUCAUGCUGUACAUGAAGGAGAUGCGGGCCAAGGUGGUGGCUGAGUGCACUCUGAAGGAGAGUGCUGCCAUCAACCAGAUCCUGGGCAGGAGGUGGCACUCACUAUCGCGGGAAGAGCAGGCCAAGUACUACGAGCUGGCAAGGAAAGAGAGGCAGCUGCAUUCCCAGCUAUACCCCGGCUGGUCGGCACGAGAUAACUACGGAAAGAGGAAAAAGAGGAAGAGGGACAAUAAGACUGACUCCACUCCAGAAGACUUCUCCUCUCGGAAUAAGAAGCAGUGCGUGCAGUAUCUUCCUUCGGAGAAGAUGUGUGACAGCCCCGCCUCCUCUCACGGCAGCAUGCUGGACUCUCCGGCCACGCCAUCGGCUGCCCUGGCCUCGCCAGCCGCCCCUGCCGCCACCCACUCCGAGCAGGCCCAGCCCCUGUCCCUCACCACCAAGCCCGAGGGCCGCUCACACCACCACUUCCCCCUGCCGGGCAAGCCCUCCGGGUCCUCCUCCUCCUCCUCCUCUUCCUCCACAUCUUCCUCAUCCUCCCAGCCCAGCAUCUCCCUGCCCAUUGGCAGCCAGUCUUCGCCCAUCCUCUCUCGGCCAAUCCCCUUCACCUCCCUGCACCAUUCCAUGCUGUCCCCGCCCACCUCCUUCCAUCAGGCAGCUCUGCAUUCCCAUCAUGCUUUGUUCCAAUCACAGCCACUGUCCUUGGUUACCAAAUCAACUGACUAAAUAAAAAUGAGCAAUUCUCUUUUUUUCUUUCUAUUAUGCUGUAUAUUGCUUUUUACCUUUUAUAGAUAUUAGACCAAGUUUUUUUUUUUUAAAUGAUGAAAAGGAAAAAAAAAUAUUAUUGGUCAAUAUUUGACCACCACCUCUUUUUUGCUUCUCUCUAUGAAACAAAAUGUAUUUUUUUGUAAAGUUUACCGCAGAACUGGUUUCUUUUCUCAAUGCAUUUAUCCAAUGUGCUACUUGUAUAAAAGAACAAAUGUAAAAAAGGUUUCUUUUUAAAAAACAAAACAAAAAAACCCUCUGUCUUUUUAGUUUAAAAACCUCUUUUAAUGUUAGUUUGGCAUUUUAUUUCCGUACUGGCCAACCCUCUUUAUUCCCUACAACUUCCCCCAACCCCCUCAAUCUUAAGUGUGAGACUUCCCUUGAGAUAUGAUAAAUAAACCUUAAAAUUGUU